GCCUACACCUUACCUACACCACGCUGUACCUGCUGCAACACCCUGCGCGCUGGCUUCGCGACGGGCUUCACUCUUAAUGACAUAAUCGUCUUGACUUUUCCGAGCUUUCCUAGAGGGAGACACGAAAUUUCUGGCCCCGGCCAAUUCGACUCGCACGAAAAUGGCAUCGGCCGAUGCGAUCCAUGGUGCAGCCGUCACGGCUCUCGAAUCGCGGACAGUGACGCCAAUUGCGCAACUGGACCCAGAACUCUCAGACCAGAACUCGCGAAGUGUUCGAGGCGAAGUCACCAUCACAUGGCCUUACAACCGGGUCACCCAUACUCUCGCUUUCCUACUCGCCGAGCCCGAUGUGCGCCUCCGUCGAUCCAAGGGUCAAGUGCGGGUGCAGCUCCAUGGACCCAGCGCAAAGGCUGUGUCCGAGUGCGGAUUGGGAGCUUGCGAUGAGGUGCUGCUCAGUCUCGACGGUGUCGAGUGGGCAAAGGACGAGUCCCCCGGGCGGAUUCUUGGAGCUCGAGUAGACUGGCAGUUGCAGUUCAACCGAAGGCUGGUGCUCCAGGUGAAGCUGAACGGAUCCGACGAACCGAAACACAUCAACGUCGAUAGCAGACAAACCGAGUUGCCGAAUGAGCUACCAGAACCAUCAGCGAUACAGCAGCUGGAACAGACCGUAAUCGAGCCUGAACCGGCUGUGUUCGACAAGCUAUCCGCUAUCCGACAGGUCCCAGAUAUUGCCUUGAACGAAUACCCGUCGCCUGCUUUCAUCAAGAGGGCUAGAAUUUCAUACGGCUCCCUUUUCGACGAUGGACUGGACAUAUUUGAGGAGGAUGGUGGCAUCAAGGGCAAAGGUCGCAAGCGAUCACGCUUUGCGCGGAAGAGCAACACAUGGAGAUACUCCAGUAAAUCCCCGACUCCCGAACCGGAAAUCAUGCCCGAGGAGGACCCAGUGAGCCAGCCACAGUCACCGGAUGGCGAUGCUAUGGAAGAAGAUACGGUCACAGAAGAAGCGCCUGCACCAAAACCCAAGAUGACGGAUGGAGCUAGCCAGACGGUUGAGUCUGAGAUGACGCCGAAUCUACCGGCGGCAUCCGGGCCGGCCUCAGCAGAAAAGGUGGAAGCUGUUCCACGCCCGGCCAUCUGGGAGAAGGUGGAUAUGGGAAACCAGGAGACAUCAACGGAUACCGCGCUCCAAGAGACAGAAGCGGCCCAGGCUGCCUCUCACAUUCUUGGCAUGGCACAUGGAGCCCCAAGCCAGCCAUAUACAUACCAACAUACCGACAGCCAAGCACACCCGGCGGCCGACUCUCUAGUUGGAUCCUCAAAACCCAUGGUACCUGGCCUUUCCAUGUUUGGCACACCGGCUAGUGUUCCGGUUGAGUCCGAGUAUGGUAUCGCCAGCCAAGUCAGGUUUGGUUUUUCGCACACACCUCAAAUUCCCCAAUCAGGAGUUCCAGAACCACAGAUGCACGCUGCACCAGAACCUGGACCGUAUCCAGAUUCUUACCUCGAUCAUUCCGUCCCCGCUAAGUACGAGGGCAUGGAGUCGUACAUGAACAUUGCCCAGAGUAACCCCGAGCUUCAGCAUGGCCAGGAUUAUAACCUAGUACCGGUGCCGACGGGUACGGAGAGUUUUGAGCGAGGGCAGUGGGAGAUGGCAACCCAGGCACCGCAUUACAACCCAAUUGAGGGUGGUCACUUUGGCGCCGAUGCUCUUAACGAAGGUACCCCAGCUAUCAUCGAGGAUCAUUCGCUGCACGCCGAUCCGACCCGUCCAGAUCAAGUUCCGAAAGGCUUCAGCAGCUACGGUCCGGGCACCGAAGACCCUGUUGGCUUUGAAGAGUCCGAAUCACGAGCAGAAUCUGAACAAGAUACAGAGAGAUCUGAGAUUGAGGAGCUUGUGGAGGAUGUGGUGCUUGACGAGGCCGAUGAAGAUGACGUUGGUGUUGAUGACGAGGUCGAACAUGAUGAAUUCGGAGAGGAACUCGAAGAAGGCGACUAUGAUCAACGCGAAUACAACAAGCCCGAAAGCGACGAUGAGGGAAUCAGUCAGGAUGAAGAAGAAGCUGAGCUGGAAGCAGCAGAGCGAUAUGGCGAGGACGAUGUUUACGAUGAUGACGACGAUGAAAUGGACGACUAUGCCGAAGACUGGGAGCGAGAGCGCACGCCUUAUGAUGAGGAUGAGGAUGAGGAUGAGGAUGAGGAUGCGUACGAGUCCGAGGAUCCUGACCUCAGUCAGCGCCUUCCCAGGCGCGCACCAGCUGCUGCCGCGCCGGCGGAUCCAGUCGUUAUCAGCUUGUUGUCAGAUUCGGAGGACGAAGAUAAGGCUUCUCCACCACCUCAACCAGCUCCCCCUGUGAGCAGACGUACGAUGGCUCGACAACUUAGCAUUCGCCAUUCAUCCCCACCCGUGCGCGCACCUACAUCUACAGAAGGCACCAGUCUUCAGCAAAGGGAGAAAUCUUUGUCUGCCGAAAAGGAAGAACCCACCGUUAAGCAACCUGUUGCGAAAGAGGAGCCUACUGAAAAUUCAUCAGAAUCAUGGGUCGGACACCUGGAUAAAUCAUUUUCAGCAGAUCAGAUGGACCAUGACCUUCAGCCCAAAGAGGACACAAAGCCACUGGGGUUUGCGAUGGAGAUCGUUCAUGCAGAACCAGCUGCUAGCGCAGAUGCUGGAGCGGCUCCAACUUCCGAAGUAGCACAUGCCAAGGAUGAGAGCAGUGAAGUAGGGAGUCCCGUGCAAAACACCGAGCCGCUCAAGACCAUCGAUACCCCAUGGACAAAACAAGCCGAAAAGCACGAAUCCGACUUAAAGCCCCGCGAAGAGGCUUCACCCAAGACGGCGGGUGAUCAACUCAAAGAGCAACAGGAAGACCCCAAGUCUGAGUCCGAAGUCAAUGACGAGACAUUCGAAGGGUUCUCGAGUGAUACACAGAUUGUUGAGCGGCCUGAGGAAGAUGCCGAGUCAGCAGAGGACGAGAUGCUGGACGAAGAUGAGGAAGACAAUAGUGAGAUCGCGGAGGAAGACGAAGGAGAUGAGAAUGAAGAACAGGAUGCCGGUGAACAGGUUGUGGAUCUGCUUGAUACGACCAGUGAGGAAGAAGACGAAGAAGAAGAGGCGGAGGAGGGACAUGAGGAAGAGGAUGACGAUUUCGAGCCGGUUGAGAGCGAAAGCGAGGAAGAGGUGCUCGAAGAGAUUCACGAGGAGAACAAAGCGGCGGUGGAUGAGGAAGGCUUCGAAAAGGUGGAAAACGACGACGAGAAAGAGAUCGUUCUGGAAGUGGAGGAGGAGAAGAAGAUCAAGGUGGAGCAGGAGGUUGAAGAGAAGGAUGAAGGCGUGAAGGCUGGGGAAGACGAGAUUGUCGAUGAGAAGGCAGUCGCUACUGAGGCUACAGGCAUCGUUGUAGCCAAGGAGACUGAUACUGACGUCUCAGAGGUCAAGGACACCAAACCGGAUGUUCAAGAGGUCAAAAUUGAGAAAGGCGGUGUCAAGGAGAUCUCGGAGACCGCUGAUGAGCUCAAGAAAGAGGAGCCCCAAGCUGACCAGGGUGAAACUCAGGGCCCGGCGAAGUCGCUUAACGCUCUUGAAGAGACCGUGCAAGAAACCAUAAGCAUCCACGAGGAGCGGGCGGAGAUCAACAAUGUUGGUACCAUCAGUGAAGCUGAGCCGAAAGCAUCGUUCACGGCUACAGCCCCUGCAGAUGAAAGAGAGAAAACACCUGAUCGCGUGGAGGAGGUUGAUGAAAUGGAAGCAAUCCAACAUCAGCUCUUCGAAGACAUGGUCCGUGCGUCCAGAGAAGCCAGCAUGAUGGAAGUCAGCGAUGCCGAGCACGUCUCACUCAUGUCACAAGAUACCCCCAGACCUAUUCAACUUGACUCGGAUGAGGAGAUGGGAGAUGGCGACGAUGAGGACGUGGAGAUGGCGGACGCGGCCACUCCUCGGCCCGAAACCCAUACCGAGGAGGACCAGGUGUCGCAGGCAGUUGAAGUCGAAAUGACGAGCGAGACCAUCGAAGUCGACUCGGAUAGCAUGUCAGUGAGCCACGAAGAGUCUGUCGAAGUUGUAGUCAUCAAAGCACCGCAUGUGCAAGAUUUUACCAUGGAGGAUGCCGAAAUGGUGGUGGAGGUGGAGGAGGAGACCCAAAUCACUGUCGAGAAAGAAGUCACAGUUACGGAAGCUCCGGCAGUCGCGCAAGCAAGCCCAUCUGCAACUGUAGAUGUCACAAACCACGCCCACGAGCAGGCUGUUCUUCCCUCUUCCCCGCUGAUUCAGCCUUUUGCUAGCCAGGUCGCAGAAGAUCAGGUUAUGCUAGUUGGAUCAUCUUCACCAGCAAGGGAAGCUGUCACCGAAAAGCCACCUCCCACUCCUGAUCAAAGCGGCCUGCUUGGUCAGGAAGUGACCGAGUCCUCGCAGCCCGAAGAAGCUCAAGUCGCUGCUGACACAGCAACCGAGGAAUGUAUGGACGUCAUUACUCAGGUGGAAGUGGUUGAGGAGACCGAGACAGCCACCACAAAACCUCAAGUGGCCACUACGGAGGAGGGUGUCGAGACCCAAGAUGAAGUUUCUCUGAUAGUAGUUGAGGAAAUCUCCGAGGAACAGACGCAGGACCUCGAUAAGAAUCAAGCCGACGAGGCUGCUACCGAUACCCAGCCACUGUCGGUCUCCUACCACGGUUUCGACGAGGCAGAUGAGUCCAAGCAAGCAACUCCCACCAAGAAACAAGCACCAUCCAUUACCGAGCCCGCCGAGGAGGAAACUGCGGUGCCAAAGGAAAAGCCAUCCCAAACGACUGUCACCUCAGACCAGUCCCAGUCAAUCGAUGGCAAGGACGCCGACCUCAGCGAUAACCUUGCCCGACAGGCCGUGAAAGCUUCCGCUAAGCGCGGAAGAAAACAACAGUCAGCUCUCGAGCCUCUACGUACGAGCGCGAGAAUCACCCGUGCCCGCUCCGGAAGCGUCGCCAAGAGCGUCACCACCGAAGAAAAUGAUGACGCCAGUAAAGCCGCCGCGCUAGCUUCCCCAUCCAGGCGCAGCUUUGCUUCAUCCUUCAACUCUUCUGCCGUCGCCUCUGAGGAUAACGCCACCCCGCAGCCUUCUAACUCGCACCAUCCCGAAGACAGCGACGAUAACACAGUAGCGACCUCAGAACCGCUACCCAACGACCCUUCCCUCCUCAAACUCUCCCUCUCCCGCCUCCUCCGCACCCAACCACAAUUCGCAAACUGCCUCCCUCUAAAGUCCAUCCGUAAUCACUUGGGGAAAAACGUUGACAUCCUCGCCAUCGUUUCUUCCACCCCGACCAACCCCACCAGAGCCAGAGGUGGACCGAGGGAGUACAUGAUGAGUUUCAACGUCACCGACCCUUCCACUGCCCCUACGCACGUGGUGGAGGUGCAGAUGUACAGAGCCCAUAAGGAGUCUUUGCCAAUCGUCAAGCCUGGUGAUGCGAUUUUGUUGAAGCAGGUGGAGAUCAGGUCGAUGACGGCGGGUAAGGGGUUUGGGUUGAGGACAGGGGAGGGGAGUGCUUGGGCUGUUUUUGAGGCUACACCGGAGGAGGAUAAGGAGGAGGAAGGAGAAAAGGAUGGGGAUGAUGCUACUGCUGCUACAACUCCUAGACCACCGCAGAUUAAGGGACCGGCAGUAGAGGAUUGGGAGGAUUUUGGUGGUUACAUGGUUAUGCUUAAGAAGUGGUACAGGCUGCUUUUGAAGGAUGAGGCGGCGAAGGGGAAGUUGGAGAAGGCAGUCAAGAAGUUUGAGAAAUGAGAGUUGAGGUACGGGGUUUGGAGCCGGGGAAGGUGGCUUGUCAAUCACCGUGGGCUUCGAGUUCCGUGUGAUAAUUGAAGAUAAUUACAUUACGAUGGGAAACAUUAUGGCUCAACUUGGCUGGUAUCUAAGCACUUAUGGUGGAAAUGAGGGCAAUAUGUUUUAUAUCGCUCGGCAUGUCGCAUGCUUCUAGGUAUUGCGCUGAGCUUAGCUAAAUCACAACUCCAAUCAUCUGCAGCCUACGAGGCGUUGGCAUAAUAUCUUGUCUGCCUGUUUACGAAAUAUUGUACAUACCAAGAGGCGGGACCGUAUCUUUUGAUACAGGCAGUACUCUAG